AUGGUGAAACCUGAAAUCAUUACCGAUAAUGUUGCUGUGAUUAAACAGCAUGAUAAAGAAUUGUUGUCACUAUUAUCAUUUUUAUCUACAACCAAUAUGCUUCAAGUUAUCGAAUCAAUCCAAGCAAUCGAAUCAUCAUCAUCAUUUGACAACACUGAAAUUAUUAAAAAUAAAAUCAAUGAUGAGCAAAAUCAAGAAAGUAUUUUGAUGACAAUGCAAGAUACACAACUUGAACCAGGAAUUGCUACCGAUAAUAUUGCUAAUGAGCGUAAUGGCAAUGACUAUUCUUCAUCAUUCCAAUCAUUAUUGUCAGCAAUUGAUACUGACAUACUUCAAGCGAUUGUAUUAUUGUCGCUAAAAAAUAUUGAAGAAUUCAAAGCAUCUUACUCGAAGAAAGAUUUAAAUUGCUCAAGUAUUGAUUUUAGUUCAAAUGAAAAAGAAUGCUUGUCCAAUGAGAAUGGCAACAGCAAUGACAAUUCUUCAGUAAUUGAAUUGCCACAAUCACAUUGUUAUCAGCAAUUGACACUGACACACUUAAAUGAAAUCACAGAUAAAAAAUGCUUGGUAAAUUUCACAAGCUCAGCAAAUGGUAAUCCUUUCAAAACUGUCCCAAAAGAACCACCUUCAAAAGCUUCUCGUCAACAACAACCAUCAGUACAGCAAAGAUCUGCAACAUCUGGAAAUUUACCAAUUCGUCCUAUUAUGAGACCGACAGGCGGUGGAAUGGAUUUCCAUAAUCGUAAUUCAUCAGCUGCAGCAUUCAGAAAUCGACAAAUGGUUCCAGGCCCGAGAGAUUUCUUUUCACAAAACAUGUCACCAUAUGGUACUGGCGCUUUCGGAACAGGAGCAACGGCAGCAGGUAGAGUUGGCUAUAUGAAUAGCUUUGGUGGACCUAAUGACGUAUCUUUUAUGAUGGCACGUGGUAGAAUGAUGAAUGCAGCAGCCAUGCAAAAUCAAGCGGCGGCGGCGGCAGCAGCUAGACAAAGAAUGAUGAGUCGUGCACCAACAGGGCCAGGAGCAGGGUAUCCUGCACCACAUUUUAAUCCAGCAUUUUUCGAUCAAGGAUUAGGAAAUGAGGAUGUACCAGUAGCACCAAGAGGACAAAGGUAUUUCCCCUAG